CAGCACCUAUAGUCAGUAGGUGUGAGAGGAGGAUCGCUCAUCGUCGUAGUCGGCCGCCGAGCGAUGAUAUUCAUUCUGCCGGAGUAAAAGCGAAAAAGUAAACUCCUCGCCGCGUUAGUACGCUACCAAUUUCCGUUUAGUAAACACAGUCCGGUCUCGAGGAGAAGACGGCGAGAAAGUUUUGCUUGAGCGGUUUUGGCUGAUUUGAAACACAAUCAGCGUGAAGAAAAAUAUACAACAUAGAAAAUUGGUGCCGAGAACACGGAGCGACGGUCCUCGAUCAUUGUGACUGUGCAAAGCAUCAAGCAUCUCCGAGAGUUGUUGUAAAACCGGGGGAACGGCUUCUCCCGGAUUUCGUAAAUAUUGAACCACUUGGAUGAUAAUAUUUACUAGCCUCCGAUAUUUACUACACACAACCCACAGGUGGAUUAUCAACAGAAGGCGCGCGGAGAGCUGUUUGGAAAAUAUUGCUGCUGAAGAAAAUAUUGUGUGAAGUUCUUGUAGUAAUACCGUGUGUGAGAGAGAGAGAGUGUGUUUCGGGGUGACUAGCAACAACGUGUGAGUGAUUAUUAUCGUACUUGAAAGAAUAAUAUUUCGAGGGAAAAAAUUGUUGAAGCAUUGUUAAUUGUGAGAUAGAAUAUUGUGCUUGGUUGGAAGAUAGCAAACUGGAACUUGAGAACGAUCGACGCAAGGCGGGCGGGAUUAUUCUCGAACACAUUUCGGAAAAAUUUGCAAAAAUUCUCAUCGGAGCUGAAAUUGACUACAACUACCACCGAAAGACGAAUACCAUGCAUUGCCUCGAUUUCAUUUCAAGAGCCUAUGAUUGUCCGGUGUUGGCGCCAACGGCCGCCAACAACGACAUGGCGCCUCCCGACGGGCCCAUGCAGUACGAUACAAAAUGGUCCAACAUGAACCUGAUAAACCUGCCAAAGAUCAAACAAGAAACCUUCAACGGCCUGAGUCACUUAGGUGAGCAUGAACUUGCACUGCCAGCCUAUGAACAAGUCAAGUCCCCGGACACGCCACAUUUACCCACCGUCAUCGAGCGGGUUCAUGAGGAUUCGGAAAACACGGACGUGACCACCAACGCUGUGGCGACGACCACCAUCAAGACAGAUGAAAUUACAUCCAACAACCUGGUGGGCGAUGACAGGAGUACAAAUACCAGUUCAUCAAGUCCCACCGGAGUCAAUCGAAAUUCAAACACCAAACCACCCUACAGCUACGUAGCACUAAUAGCGAUGGCCAUUCAGAGUUCCCAGUUGAAACGGGCCACCUUAAGUGAAAUCUACGGCUACAUAACGUCUCGCUUUCCGUACUUCGAGAAAAACAAAAAGGGUUGGCAAAAUUCGAUCCGACACAAUCUAAGUCUGAACGAGUGUUUCGUGAAAAUCCCCCGGGAAGGCGGAGGCGAACGGAAAGGCAACUACUGGACCCUGGAUCCACAGUACGAGGAUAUGUUUGAGAAUGGGAACUACAAGCGGCGAAGGCGAAUGAAGCGACCCUACCGGACGGGUCACUACUCCAAGAUGUUUGGCGAAACGUACAUGGCCAAUGCUUCGAACUUUGGUCGACCGGUAUUUGCCCAGAGUCCCUAUCAGCCGUAUCCGCGGUACGAUAUGGGGGCAACAUGGAUGUCGGCGCCGCAACUGGGUUCAUACACAUCGUGCUCAACCAGGUCCAAUUACUCAUACUCAACACCGUUACAGCAACCGGUGCAACCUGUGACGAUCAACACCUACGGAUCGUUAUCGAAUAACUUAGUUUCGGGCAGUACACCACCUCCAUGCCCUCGAAGGUUCGAGCCGUAUUAUUCACCCUGGGAUACUGCAAUACUCCCAGUCGUGAAGGACGAAAACCCCAACCAGAUGAGCGUAACGUCCUCCCAACAGAGCUACCAGAAAAACUACCAACUGCAGCCUUAACAAUGACGAAAGUUGCUGGCAACGCUGCCACAGCUGCACACAUUGCUGCUACGGCCGCAGCGCAUUUCCCCACCACCACCACAACCACCGCCACCGUCGUCGUCGUCUUCGUCCUCGUCGGUAGUGGGCAGUCUACUCAGCCCAACUAAUAUCUGUAAAAUUAUGCAAGAAUGAUAAACAUUGUACGAUUGCAUUUUAGGCAAAUUUACAAAUCAUUUCGACAGACCAAAGCUAUCUAGAAGAAGACAAAUUCUACAAAACAUGUGUACAAUAGUACAAUUGCAUUUAUCAGGUUCAAUUUAGGGGAGCAGGUUCAAAUCUAGGCCAAAAUUAUUGUGUACAAAAUGGGAAAAUGUGAGUAAAUGAAUGGAACAUGACUUUUGUAAAUACGAUAAGUUUAUCAUUAAGGAAUCAAAGAUUACUUGGGAUCUCUAGCGUUAGGUCACAACUAAAUAUUUGUAUGAAAAAUAUGAGAACAGAAGAAGGCUAUAAUAUAAAUUAUUUAUUUAAUUAAAUAACCGUGGAUUAGUGAUAGAGAAUCUAAAAAAAAAAUGUGCACACAAAAAGAAACUUCCAUUAAUGUUUGGCAAAUCGAUGUAAAUGAUGAAAUUUCCGUCCAAACCGCUCUAUCCUGUAACUCAUAUUUCAAUUGACGAAUAUCAAAUAAAAAUCAGUGAAACCAAAGAA